GCGAAAGCGUAUAUAGCUCGGUGUUAGACCUUCGAUGGGCAUUAGUCGUCGUUCCACAGCAGCUGGAAGAGUUUGUACUUUCAAAAAAUCAAUUCCACAAUGAAGUUCCUUGCUAUUUUCGGCCUGAUAUUUGCCAUGCUGGGCCUAACCCUGGCCUUGAAGGAUCCCAUCUGCGAGCUUGAGGCUGGCGUCGAUGGCAAUGGUCUGAUCAAGUGCGCUGCGUUCAUGCCGAAGUGGAGCUACUACGCCGACAGCAAUCAGUGCUCGGAGUUCGUCUAUGGCGGCUGCGGUGGCAACGAUAAUAAAUUUGGCAGCCAAGCGGAAUGUGAGGAAAAGUGCAAGGAAUAACUAAUCCCCUACCCCAUUUCGACUCUGAUAUGAUUUACAUAUGAGAAAUAGAAUAAAGUGUUUUAUUGAAUUACAAUUUGAA